CUUGUCCUGCUCGGUUGGCGAAGAGCUUCGGCUGGGCCUGGCGGGGGCGAGGUUUCCCAUGGCCGCCAAUUCCUCCCUCCUCCCCCCUUUCCCCUCCUGGUUACCCACAGGUUUGAGGGAGCAGCGGCGGAGCGACCACCUGUGAGGAGCAUGCGCGCAACGAAGGAGGAUGUUCUGUAAAAUCCUAGGAAAUGGACCUCGUCUCUUUGAAAUGUUUGCUUCUACAGUCUAAUGGAAGAAUAUUUCUGAAGAUUGGGACAGCAGUUUUUUUAAAAAUUUGAGCGUUUACCUGCUAUGGAACAAAGUGAGAAUCAACAAGGAUCCUCAUCAGAGAUUCCAGAUGAAAGCAAAAGCAACACAAGACUUUUGCCUAGCCAGGCUGCUGCUGUCAAAGGGGAAAUAAAGAAACAUGCAGUUACAGAUGACUAUAAAAUCUCUAAACGGGUUUUGGGCCUUGGUAUUAAUGGAAAAGUAUUGGAAUGUUUUCACAAAGUGACAGGACGGAAAUGUGCUUUAAAGCUCUUGUAUGACAGCCCAAAAGCACGACAGGAAGUGGAUCAUCACUGGCGAGCUUCAGGCUGUCCCCAUAUUGUCCAUAUCUUGGAAGUUUACGAGAAUAUACACCGUGGGAAGAGAUGCCUUCUAAUCAUCAUGGAGUGCAUGGAGGGAGGGGAACUCUUCACUCGAAUCCAGGAACGAGGAGAUCAAGCUUUCACAGAAAAAGAAGCCUCCGAAAUAAUGAGAGACAUUGGAACAGCCAUCCAACAUCUUCAUGGGAUGAAUAUAGCUCAUAGAGAUGUCAAGCCAGAAAACCUUCUUUAUACAUCCAAGGAGAAAGAGUCAGUGCUUAAGCUCACAGAUUUUGGGUUUGCUAAAGAGACAACCAUACAGAACGCACUGCAGACUCCUUGUUACACUCCUUACUAUGUGGCCCCAGAAGUACUUGGUCCUGAGAAAUAUGACAAAUCCUGUGAUAUGUGGUCUCUUGGUGUCAUCAUGUAUAUUCUUUUGUGUGGGUUCCCUCCAUUUUAUUCCAAUACUGGCCAAGCCAUUUCCCCAGGAAUGAAAAGAAGAAUUCGGAUGGGGCAGUAUGGAUUUCCAAAUCCUGAAUGGUCAGAGGUAUCUGACGAAGCCAAGCAGCUCAUUCGUCUAUUGCUGAAAACUGACCCAACAGAGAGGAUGACCAUUUCUCAAUUUAUGAAUCAUCCCUGGAUUAAUCAAUCCAUGGUGGUGCCACCAACUCCUCUUCACACUACUCGAGUCCUGCAAGAAGAUAAAGACCACUGGGAUGAAGUGAAGGAGGAAAUGACUAGUGCUUUGGCGACCAUGAGGGUAGACUAUGAUCAGGUAAAAAUUAAAGAUUUGAAAGUAUCCAACAAUCGGCUCCUCAACAAACGGCGUAAGAAACAAAAACAAGGAGGCACCUCAACUGCAUCAGCUGGCUGUAACAACCAAUAAAGACGAGAGAAAUAAAAUGAAAUAAUUAAUUGAACUGAAAUCAUCGCACAAAGGAUACAUAACUGAAACACGAAUGUUUUUAUUUCAACACAACUGGGCCUUUUUCUACAAAGAAUUUUGUUAAUUAUUCUAUUACAUUUUAGUAUACAUAAGGAGCUGCAACAAACCUUAGAAUACCAGUGAAGUUGGAUAAAUAAAUAUUUCUUGUGGUAAUGCGGGUUCAGUGCUUACAAAAGCACAGUCACAAUAAGCAAUUCUAAAUCCCUUUUUUCAUAUAAAGCAAUUAAGAGCAUCCAUCUGCUUAACUCUCAGAUGAAUUCAUAAGGACAUAAAUGUGCUUAAUUUAGACUGGAUUAUGCUGAAUCCAUUCAAGAGAAAUAGAUUAAAUCAUGCAUAAAGCAAAGGAGUAAAAAAAAAAAAUCAGGUUUUUACAAGAAGCAAUCAGAAAGCUAUGAAAAAGUAAGUUUUUCAUAUAUUUUUGUUUGAUUUUCAUUGUUCAUUUCUAUUGUAUUUAAUGUUCUUAUCAGGUUAAUGCUCUUAUUUUAUACACCGUCCAUCUGCAUAAGGAAGCAUUGCUUUUUAGUCUUUGGGAAAUAUUUACAAUUUAAGGUUUAAGGGAUUAUUACAAGCUUUCUUCCAUUCCUACAUUCAGAUCAUGUAGGUAAGAACAGUGUAGUCAGUCAUAUGUGAAGUGGGCACACAUUUUUUUCAACCACAGGAAACUUCCACUGGCUGCCUUGUAGGAUCCACAUAGCAAAAAAAAAACAAAAAACAGGUAUGAGUGCAGUUGCUACAUUUUCCAAUUUAGAUGUACCAUUUCCUUGUUUACAUAUAGGCCAUAAUUUAUUUUUAUCACACAUUUUUUUCCACUGUUUACUUUUUUAAGUAUCAGAGAUUAAUAUAUAGCAUUAAUCAACCAAAAUAUCAUUGUUUAUGUCAGCAUCCACAACUUUGCACAAAGAUUUUAGCUGAAAUUUUCUACAGUUCAGAAGGACAUGAUUCCCAGAUGCACUAUGAUUUUUUUACUAAAAGAACCACAAUAUAGCUAUCAGGGUAUAGCUAGAGGGCACACUUUUUACAUUCUUUUCCAGCAGUAGAAAAUUUCCAGUGGUCUGGGGUUGACAUGGUGGCAUCAUCAGAGAGGACACGGGUAGAAUUACUGUCACCCCUUCCCUUCCUGUGAUGUUGUUUUUAAAAAUGUAUUAAACCAAUUGGCCCUACUUCCCCUAUUUUAUUUAUAUUCCUUUUAUUUAGCUAUUGAUAAAUUUCCAUGAGAAAUCUCGGGAAACUACUACCAGAAAAUAAAUGGUUACAAUUGCAGUUUCCCUGAGAUAAGGUAUCAGUUUGGCUAUUCUGUGAACUGGGAGAUAUAGCACUUUCAUGUAAUGUCCAUAUAUAAAAAGUUUAAAACAUGAGCACAUGCCAUGAGUGCUUCUAAAUUCAAAGAGGAAAUUUGCAAAUUUCAGACACACGCAUACACACACACACACACACACACACACACACAGACACACACACUACUACAGUUGUUUUUACGUAUCAUAUAUUAUUUCUUAAUACCCUGUAGGUUAGGGUGGAUGGCAUAACAAAAAUUGAAGUUACUCAAGUAAUUUUUGUGGAUAUUUUUUUAGGGAGUUUAGAUAUUUCAGUAUGGCGAUAUGUGCAACAAGAAAAGCAAACACUAAAGGUCUCAAACUGGGAUGCAUUUUUACACAAUAUCUCAUAAUAACCUUGUCCUGUGAAACUUAUAUUACAUACCAAUUAUCUUUAUUCAAAUCAUUUCAUUGUCCAAACAUUUUCUUUGAAAAGGGAUAUUCCUAUUCCUAUGACAAUUUCCCACACAUGCAAGUGCCCCUGGCCCUCUAGGAAGAAGGUGAGAACUGAUCAAGCCCUCUCUCUCAGCUUUCAUUUGUGCUCCAGUUUUUGAGAUGCUAACGAACAGGUGCUUGUUUAUGUUACUUCUCAUUUCUAACACUCACUACAGGAAAGAGAAAUCCUUUGAUGGCCUCCGUGUUUGUCAGAAGCCUCAAGGGGGAGAUGAAGUCUUCUCCUAAUGGUACUUGUAAAAUGGCGAGAUGAUAAAUAAUUGCAGAUGAAUUGUUGUGUUCUUUACAUUUUCCAAGCUAAGUCUGCUGCAUAAGCCAGGAGACCAGAGAUGGAGGCAGAAAAUUUGUGGCUGGUAAACCAAAAAAUAUUGGUGACUUUGUAUUAUAUCCUUAUUCUAGAAUUAUAAGGAUUAAUCUGCAAUGAAGUAAAUUUCUAUUAAUUACAUAGGUGCCUCUCUUUGAUUUGCAAGCAUAUUGAUGUUAAAAGCACUUCAGACUGUUUGGGAAAUUCUAACAUUUUGCAGAUAUUAAUAAAAUGGUGCUUUACCAAAUUUUUUUCUUAAA